ACUUAACCUCACGUGUAUUAUCAAUGUUUCUCUCCGUUCCAGUUGAGGCGUUGAGGGACGGAAGGUAAUCCACAAUGGUAUUACCUCGCCCCCUCCCCUCCCCGCUCCUCGCCGCUAUCCUCUCCCUCAUCGUCCUUCUUCUGACACAUCAAGCGAGUGGCAUUAAGUGCGUACAGUGCGAGGCCGCGGGGAGCAAGGCGCCGUGCAGUAUGGAGCCGCCGUCGCCGACUGAGUGUGGCGCGGGGAUGAGUGUGUGCCUCACCAUCCACACCUACACGCCUAGCAAGGAGGACUCGCGUAAGAUGCUGUCGCUGGUUCGCACGUGCGCCCCGACGGACAUGGGCUGGGACUGUAAGACGGGCAGGACGAAGGGCGGCCAAGAGGUGGAGGUCUGCCACGACACCUGCGACUGGGACGGCUGCAACCCCGCCCCCGCCACCCUGCCCGCCCUGCCGCUGCUGGCCUCCCUCCUCGGCGCCCUGCUCCUCCUCUGACAUCCUCAGUACCCCGAGUCCUUCGUAACUGUUCUUCCCCACUGUUCUUCCUCAAGUCUUGCUGCUUCGGGACUGUGAGAAUUAUUAUGGAAGUCGCACCUGUGAUUUAAUUUAUUUCUUCGUGUGUGUGUGUGUGUGUGUGUGUGUGUGUGU